UCUGUCCCUCUCCGGCUUCCGUAGUCAGUGCCUGGUUUCCUCUGCGAGCUGGGGCUGUGGAUAUGGCAGGAUGUACCUACCUAUAAUACCGGUACAGCAAAAAGCAGACGUAAAUUAUGGCUCCAGUUCAAACAAUGGCUGAGGGACAGCCCAGUGAUGCUAAGGGGGCCGUAUUGAUGGCCAGUGACUCUCUCCCUGAGGGCACUCCCCAAGUCAGAGGGUACGACUUCAAUGCAGGCAUCAACUAUGAUCAGUUGUUGCAGAGCUAUAUGUACACAGGAUUCCAAGCCACAUGCUUCGGGCAAGCAGUGCGAGAGGUCAACAACAUGAUCGACAGCAAGCUGUCCUCCCCUGGUGGUUGUACCAUCUUCUUGGGAUACACCUCAAACCUGAUCAGCUCUGGUGUCCGGGAGAGCAUCCGAUACCUCGUACAGCACAAGAUGGUUGAUGCAAUUGUGACCACAGCUGGAGGUAUUGAAGAAGACUUUAUUAAGUGUUUGGCACCCACCUUCUUAGGCGAUUUCAGCUUGAGAGGGGCUGAUCUUAGACCACGCGGUAUUAACAGGAUUGGAAACCUCCUAGUACCCAAUAAUAAUUACUGUCUCUUUGAGGACUGGGUCACACCUAUACUGGAUCAGAUGGUGCUGGAGCAAGACACAGAGGGUACUAAGUGGACUCCAUCUAAAAUGAUUGCUCGGCUGGGAAAAGAGAUCAAUCACCCAGAUUCUGUAUAUUACUGGGCGCAAAAGAAUGACAUCCCUGUGUUCAGCCCGGCUCUUACCGAUGGGUCUCUUGGAGACAUGAUGUAUUUCCACUCAUACAAGAACCCUGGCCUGAAGCUGGACAUUGUAGAAGAUAUACGCCGUCUGAAUUCUAUUGUAAUCUUUGCUAAGAAGAGUGGCAUGAUCAUUCUGGGUGGCGGACUCAUCAAGCACCACAUUGCUAAUGCAAACCUCAUGAGGAAUGGUGCAGAUUACGCCGUUUAUGUUAACACUGCUCAAGAGUUUGAUGGCUCAGACUCUGGAGCUAGACCAGAUGAAGCUGUAUCAUGGGGAAAGAUCCGUAUGGACGCCAAUCCCGUCAAGGUUUAUGCGGACGCCACUUUGGUAUUUCCUAUUUUAGUGGCACAGACCUUUGCUCAGAAACACUCUGAUUUCUCCUCUAAGAAAGUGGAACAGGACUGAGCUCACACCCUUGUGGCAGUUGGGAAGUGUGGUUGCAUGGAGAGGUAAACACCGAUUGGAACUAAUCAUCCUGCUUCUCACAUAAAAAAAGUGAGCCCAACUGUUUUCUGCCCGUGCUAGAAUCCCCGGCUGCUCACCGGAACCCUGUGGUACUCUCUGCUGAAGAUUAACAGUCAGCAUGUACAGUGUGGAUAAAGAUUUGAUUGUAGAAUAGAUCAUAACUCUCCAGCAUACAGAUAUGUAUAUAAACAAAGUGUAAAUAUAGCUAUACCUUCCAAUUGCUCCAUGCCUCUCGUUCCUUGUAAAAGAUGUAUUUGUCCAUUUCCCUGUUUUGUCAGUUAUUUAAGUUGUGAUGUUUUUGUGUAUGGAGCCAGUGGGUGGAAUGGGACAGAUGCUUGGCUGAAGGUGGAUGAAAGGCUCUGCAAGAAA